AUGGAAAGCAUUUGUGUUGCAUCGCGCGGAAUAGUUCGUGAAGAGCUCACAAGAUACAACUAUCAAGAAUGGAAAAUUCUAAUGAAAAAUUACCUGAGAGGGGAAAAUCUGUGGGAUGUUGUGGAAAGUGGCUCUGUUUCGACAUCCAUUGAUGAACAGAGAGACGCAAAGGCUCUGCAUAUCAUUCAACUAUCAUGUGCACCAAAUAUUUUUGAUCAAAUUAAACACUUUCAAACUGCCCACAUAGCUUGGAAACACUUGGCUGAAGUUUGCAGGCCUAAGUUUAAAAUCCAACCGCAUAUUCGACCAGUUGUUGUAUCCGACGUCAGUGAGCACAAAGCUCUAUACAAGUUUGUGGAAAACGGUGAUUGGGAAGGCACAAGCUCAUACUUGAGGGAUCAACCGAAUGCCAUAUUUUGGACUCUGCCUUCAGGUAGGACGGUUCUUCAUGUUGCAACAAUAGAAGGACAUAAGAAUAUUGUGGAGGGAUUAGUGUACUUAGGGAAAAAACAAUUAGUAAAAAUGCAGGAUGAGGAUGGUAAUACUGCUCUUGCUCUUGCUGCUGGUUACACUGAAAAUGUUAAUAUAGCAAGAAGUAUGGUAAAUGUGGAAGGUGGCGAAGAAUUGCUUGGUAUAGAGAACAAAGAGGGUGAGAUCCCUCUUCUUAUGGCUGCUAAUUCAGGACGCAAAAGAAUGACUCGUUACCUUUACUUUAGAAGUUCUUCCCAUGUCAUUCAUCACCAGUCUUCACAUAAUCGAGUUUUGCUGCUGAAACGAUGCAUCCAAGCGCAUAUAUUCGAUGUGGCUUCGAAAUUGCUUGAAUCUUACGGGGAACUGCCCAUUGAAUUCUUAUCCGUCUUGCAUGAAUUGGCUCGAAUGCCUUCUGCAUAUUUACAGGCUGACCUUUGGCAGACAGUAAUUUACAUUUUUAAAAAGGGUAAUUUAAUCGAUGUGAUUUUGAUAAUGAUGCUCAUGACUGAAAAGUUGAUGGGAUUCGCAAGGAAUUUAUUUGGACUGAAAUCCAAAAAUAGAGAGAGUAUAUUUGAACACGAGAAUGAAUUUCUACAAAUAUUAAGGUACUAUAAAAAUAAUGUUUCUAAGUUUAAUAGUUCACAACUCCGAGAUGCUUUGGUUUAUGAUGCCAUGUUAGAAGCAGCAAAAUAUGGAAAUGUUGAGUUCAUAAAUGAUAUGAGGGAGGCUAACCAUGACCUCUUAUGGGCAAUGGACGAUCAUGGAAGAGACAUAUUUUCGUAUGCGGUUAUUCAUCGCAAACACAAUGUGUUCCUUCUCAUGCAUAUUCUCUGUGGAAAUAAGGAUAUAAUCAACUAUAGAACAGACAUGUUUGGCAAUAACCUAUUGCACUUGGCGGCACACUUAGGACCUUUGUCUGAUAUGAACCGCGGAGACGUUGCUGCUUGGCAAAUGAAAAUAGAAAUUGAAUGGUUUAAGGAGGUGGAGGAAGUUGUGCAUGUCAAAUGUAGAGAAGCAAAAAAUGAAGAGGGUAAGAAGCCUGAAGAGAUAUUUAUGGAAACACACAAGGAGCUGAUGAAAGAUGGAGAAAAAUGGAUAAAGGAAACAGCGGGGACAUUUGCAAUUGUGGGUGUUCUCGUUAUAACUGUCAUGUUCACUGCAAUCUUCACUGUCCCAGGGGGUCUCCGUCAAGACACUGGAAUGCCGAUUCUGAUAAAGGAAAAACGGUUUAUUGUGUUUAUUGUAGCUGAUGUAAUAUCUCUCUUGACUUCUAUCAGUACAGUACGGAUAUACAUUAAGCUUAUAGGAUAUCGUUAUGCUCCAGUAGACUUCCUAGAAAGAUUGCCCGCCAUGAUAUUGUCAGCGGUUAACUUCCUUUCCCUGUCCUUAGUGUCCAUGAUGAUUGCCUUCUGUGCUGCGCUUGGAAUAGUUCUACAAAAUUUAUGGUCGUACAAGGAUUUCGUUGUAGGAAUCGUCGUAUUGACAGUCAUUCCCUACAUACUUCCGUUUUGGGACUUUAGAACAUACAUCCGUCUCAUCGCUCACCAAAAGUCAAAUUUCAUGGAAAGAAGACUUCUUGACGGUUCAUCACUCGGUUUCCACAAAGUUCAUAUGUAG